AUGGAGUCCUCCGAGGUCAUUUCAAACGUCCGCAACCUCCUGGCAAGCUCUCUUUCGGGCCACUCCACACCCGCUUUGAUACUUGGCGGCAUCGGGACGGCGAGUCUGCUUGUCGCUGCAUACGUCGUAUCCAUCUUUGCGGGCAACUAUGUCCAGGCAUGGACUUCGCCGAUGCGUGUGUUACCCGGACCCAAGCGCGAAUCGCUGAUGCUGGGGAGCUUCGUUUCUGCGCAUGAAGCGGACGGUCAUCGCUUGCUGGAGAGCUGGUUUGGUCAGUAUGGACGUGCCAUCCGCUACUACUCUGUAUUCGGCAGUCAGAGAAUGGUCACCAUCGACACGAAAGCCAUUAGCCACGUUCUCAAGGACGGCUAUGUCUACGAGAAGUCCGAUCAGAUUCGGCAUGACCUGGGCGCCGUCCUGGGUACAGGUCUACUCUUCGUGACCGGUGAUGACCACAAGCGUCAACGCAAGGCCAUUAACCCAGCAUUUGGGCCGGCGCAGAUCCGGAAGUUCACUGAGACGUUCAUCGCGAAGGCUAACGAAUUGCGCGAUGUUUGGUUGACGUUGACCGAGAAGCCUGUCCGAGAGGAUGGCUGGACACGAGUAGACGCCUUCGAGUGGCUCAACAAGGCAGCGCUGGACAUGGUCGGGCUUACAGGUUUCAACUACAACUUCGACGCUCUCCACGCCGAUGGUGCGCACCCGAAUGAGCUCUAUGGUGCUAUCAGCAAGUCUCUCGGCAUCACAGGCGCGCGCACGUUGUGGUCUCGCAUAGUCAGUUUCGUCCCGCUCUUCUGGGCUCUGCCUACAGAAGAGUCGCGUGGACGUGAUGCUGCGUUGGGGACUAUCACUCGCAUCGGAGCGCGCCUCAUCGAACAGAAGAAGAAGCAGAUCAUGGGGGAACACCCUGAUGGUACUCUCACCAAGGACGACAUAUCCGGACACGACCUUCUUUCGCUCCUACUCAAGAGCAACAUGGCGGGGGACCUGGGGGAUAACUUCCGCAUGUCGGAUGCCGAGAUCAUCUCGCAGGUCCCGACGUUCAUCGUAGCAGGACACGAGACAACGAGUACUUUGGUGACUUGGACACUCUUCGCCCUCGCUCUUGCCCCGGACGUGCAACGCAAACUUCGCGAGGAGCUAUGCUUGCAUCCGUAUGACUCUCCAUCGUUGGAAGAGCUGAACGGGAUUCACUACCUGGAGUCUGUUCUGCGCGAGGCUCUGCGCCUAUAUGCUCCAGUCAACUUUUCCACGCGCGUCGCGCAGCAGGCCGAUGUGAUCCCGUUCGAGGCCCCCUUCGUCGACAAGUACGGUGUGCAGCGCUCGGAGCUGCGUGUUACAAAGGGAGAUACGAUCAUUAUCCCUACCCGCAUCCUCAAUCGCUCGAAGGAGAUCUGGGGUGAUGAUGCUAAUGAGUUUAAGCCGGAGCGUUGGGAUCACCUUCCGCAGGAGACGAGCGCCAUGCCGGGCAUCUAUAAUCAUCUGCUGACGUUCCUCGCUGGGCCGCACGCAUGCAUUGGCUUCCGCUUCGCCCUUGCCGAAGCGAAGUCAGUGCUGUUCAGUCUCGUCAGCUCAUUUGAGUUUGCCCUGGCGGUGCAACCCGACGACAUCGUUCGCCACUUCAACAUCGUAGGCAGACCAUUCAUGGAUGGGGAUCAAAGUCGACCUCAGCUUCCGCUUCUCAUCCGUCCCGCCCAGGAGGUGUAA